UUCCUCUCGAAUGAUUAAGAAAUGUUUUUAUUUUGUUUGUGAACCGUCCUGCAUCUCCCUGUGUUUGUUCUUUGAUUGCAACCUUUAUUCGCUUAAAUUGAUAAAUGCAUUGGCUUUACAAAGGGAUGGAAACGUGAUCGCGCCCCAGCAGCCUGUCGAGCGGAAACGGCUAACACACGUGUUGUGCGGCAGAACUUUCGAUUGAACCAUAUUGUGUAGACCAGAUUGCCACCAACUACAGCUUCUACGCGCACGGUACAAAGAUGUCCAAUUAUCAGCUGCAUGCAAACGAAACCACCAUCUCGAUCCCUCGUAUAAUCACGGUCGACAGUGUGAAUUACUACGAAAUUUUAGUCAAAUGUGGUCAAGUAAUGUGGACGGUGAACCAUCGGUUUCGCGACUUUGCCGAACUGCACGAGCGUCUCGUAUCGGAACGGGGCGUCUCGAAGGAUAAGCUACCACCGAAGAAGGUGAUUGGCAACAAGAGUCCCACGUUUCUGAAAAAGCGCCAGGAAGCGCUCGAGCAGUACCUGAAGGAGAUGCUUAUCUUUCUGAAAAUUACAAUGCCACGGGAGUUUGUCGAGUUUCUCGAUUUCCACCGGUACGACAUUAUCUUUCUGGUGCAGCAUCUCGCCAGCUCACUGUUUCUGCGCGGUGACGCAUUCUUGGCCAAGUCGAAAAAGUACGGCUUCUCGGUGCUGGAGCUGCACGCCAUCAGCGAGCGGCUAAAGAUACCAUGCCCACCGACGGAGGCAGCCUGCAGCAACUAUAAUUUCUCCCACAUACUGGACUUUUGUGCGCAGCUCGAGACAAUCAUCGUGCUGCCGACGAAGAACAGUCUGCCGACGAUCCUGUACGAUGACGAUACGGAUAAGUACAUUCCACACGCGCUACAUAAACCGAUCGGCAGCAGCAAUCUCAUCCCGGUGCAGCUACGGUACGAGCUGAGCGUGUUCAAGGUGUUGCGUAAUCUCAUCAUUUACGGCGUGCCGACGGAAAACAUUCAAAAUGUAGGUGCCUUGCGUGAAACGCUCUCGAGGAUAGAGGUGUACAAAAGUGAAACGAAACAAAUCUGCCAAAUUGCGCUGUGUGAUAAUGUCCAUAAAGAUGCGGCGGAGGAUGAGCUGGACAAAUCGAAGCAAUGGAAAAACCUACGGCAUGCCGUCUUUAAGGAAAAUCAGCUCACGGCAAUCGAUCGAACGAUACGGCUUUUUCCCAGCCUGAAGGAUCUGUUCCUGGACAAGAACAAGCUGGAAAGUAUUGCUCACCUUAGCCAUCUGAACAAUCUGCAGACACUCAGCCUGCGAUGCAACCGGAUAGAGCAGUGUCCGAACUGGCACGUACAGUUGGGCAAUUUGGUUACACUGAAUCUUUCGCAAAACCGUAUCCGUUUGCUGGAGGGACUCGGCAAACUUUACUCGCUCGUGAAUCUGGAUUUGAGUUGCAAUUUAAUAGACGAUAUAAACGAAAUCGAUUACAUCGGUAAUUUGCCUUUGGUGGAGAAUUUGCGCCUGAUGGGAAAUCCUGUUGCGGGUGGUGUUGAUUAUCGUGCCCGUGUGCUUUCGCGCUUCGGCGACCGGUUGCAGGAAAUCUAUCUCGACAAUGAGAAGGGCAAUCAAACCGAGUACGAUAUGGCGCUCGUUCAUUCGGCGUUGCGUAUAUCGGCACAGAAAUCCCAUCGUAAGCUGCACAGCCUACUCGAUCCAAGCAACACCUCGGAGGGAGAUGCUCCAGACGCGAACGAUGCCGAACGGGCGGGAACGAGCGGUGGAGAAAGCAGAUGAAGUUACGUUACAUUCCAGUGGAGAGUUUAUCCCGAAACACAAGACAGAGCUGUUUUGUGUCCAACGACGUUUGGUGUGUUUUGUUUUGCAAGUAAAAUUUGUUUGGUUCACGAGUUUGUGUCACGACACGAUAGGCCGCAUGUUUAUAUAGCGUAAAACUUUACAGCAAAGCUGAAUUAUCAAAGCAACCAGAGAUAUUUUACCUACCGUUGACCAGAACACGUACCGUUCGGAGGAUUAUUUUUUUAAAUAUCGUAACGUAAGCAUUGCAUACCACACCGAGGUGCGCUAGAGUAUAAAACGAAGGGUCUGAUGCAAUAUAAUACAGCUAUCUGUGUAAGUA